ACCUACUGCGAGUUGUCCCGUCUUUAAUAUCUUCUCUGUCAUUGACGAGCAGAUCACCUGUCCUUUGACGAUCUUCGCUUCUCCGCCGGAAAAUCUUUUCACGUUUCGAUAUCCGGUGUAGGGGGAGGAGUUCGGAUCUGAUCGGUUGAAUCUGUUCUCGCUUUGUGGCGGGAGGGAAAGCACCAUGGCGUUUGACAAGAUCAAGGUGACCAAUCCCAUCGUCGAGAUGGACGGUGAUGAAAUGACUCGUGUUAUCUGGAAGUCUAUCAAGGAUAAGCUUAUCUUCCCCUUCGUGGAGUUGGACAUUAAAUACUUUGACCUGGGCCUUCCUCACCGCGAUGCCACCAAUGACAAGGUCACCGUUGAAAGUGCUGAAGCCACUCUGAAGUACAACGUGGCAAUCAAGUGUGCUACUAUCACUCCAGACGAAGCUCGGGUGAAGGAAUUUGGCCUGAAGCAGAUGUGGAAAAGUCCAAACGGGACCAUUAGGAACAUACUUAAUGGAACUGUAUUUAGAGAACCGAUCAUCUGCAAAAAUGUUCCCCGGCUCGUCCCAGGAUGGACGAAGCCCAUUUGCAUUGGAAGGCAUGCUUUUGGUGAUCAAUAUCGUGCUACUGACGCUGUGAUCAAGGGACCUGGCAAACUGACUUUGGUUUUUGAGGGGAAAGAUGGGAAGACAGAAAUGGAGGUCUUCAAUUUUACUGGUGAAGGGGGUGUUUCUUUGGCCAUGUACAACACCGAUGAGUCCAUCCGUGCUUUUGCAGAAGCAUCUAUGAACACUGCAUAUGUGAAGAAGUGGCCACUUUAUCUCAGCACAAAGAACACCAUUCUUAAGAAAUACGAUGGGAGAUUCAAGGACAUCUUCCAAGAAGUCUAUGAAGCCAAGUGGAGAUCAAAGUUUGAGGCUGCUGGAAUAUGGUAUGAACACCGUCUCAUUGAUGACAUGGUGGCUUACGCUCUUAAGAGCGAGGGAGGCUAUGUAUGGGCAUGCAAGAACUAUGAUGGUGAUGUCCAGAGUGAUUUCUUGGCUCAAGGGUUCGGAUCACUUGGACUGAUGACAUCUGUGCUGGUUUGUCCGGAUGGAAGGACGAUAGAAGCUGAAGCAGCACAUGGUACAGUUACCCGUCACUACAGGGUUCACCAGAAAGGAGGCGAGACCAGCACUAACAGCAUUGCUUCCAUCUUUGCUUGGACCCGAGGGCUUGCACACAGGGCCAAGCUAGAUGGGAACACCAGACUCUUGGAUUUCACCGAGAAACUCGAGGCUGCUUGCGUUGGUGCAGUUGAAUCUGGGAAGAUGACCAAAGAUCUCGCCCUCAUCACUCACGGUUCAAAGCUGACGAGGGAGCAGUACCUGAGCACUGAAGAGUUCAUUGAAGCUGUGGCCGAUGAGCUCAAAGCAAGACUCUUGCCCUCUAAAUUUUAAAACUCAGGCUUCAGAGACUUUCUUUCUUUCUUUCCAAAAACGGUAAAAUUUCUCUCGUUCGAUGAUUCCAUGGCGAAUCCAUGCCUGAUCAGUUUUAUGUACCUCUCACAUGCCCAAACGUGGGGCCCAUUUGCUGGAGACAUUUUCUGAUUUUGGGUCGUAAUGGACUUUUUUAGCUUUUCAUUUUAUUGGGCCUCACUUGAGCCCAAAUAUAAAGAUAAUGCAUUGUUAUGGGUUUUUUCUU